CAACAACAACAACAACAGCAAAUCGAUUUCUUCUUCUCCAACAACCACUUUUAGUAUUCUCUUCUAAUUACCAAACCACUAUCGCUGAGAAUCUCGGAUCUCUUCUUCGAAAAUGCGUUCGUCCGGUCUUCUCGCCUUUGCGGCAUCGCUCGCAACCUCCUCGGCCGUAUAUCAGGGCUUCAACUAUGGUGCUACCAAGAGUGAUGGCUACACUGUGCGAGCUCAAGCUGAUUUCGAAUCCCUUUUCUCCACCGCCAAGAGCCUGGUUGGGGCAUCAGGAUUCACCAGUGCUCGUCUGUACACCAUGAUCCAAGGAGGAACCACCAACACGCCAACUUCUGCCAUUCCCGCAGCAAUUGCCCAGGAUACUUCCCUUCUCCUCACACUCUGGGCCUCCGGCACCACCUUCACCGAUGAGCUCGCUGCUCUCAAGAGUGCUAUCUCCACAUACGGUUCUCAGCUCUCAGGAAAGGUUGCUGGUAUCUCGGUCGGCAGUGAGGAUCUCUACAGAAACUCUCCAACUGGUAUUGCAGCUGGUUCUACCAUCGGAGCUGAUCCAGCUACGAUUGUCGAUUACAUUAGCCAAGUACGAACUGCAAUUGCAGGCACCGCUUUGAGCAGUGUCGGUGUAGGUCACGUUGAUACCUGGACCGCCUGGGUCAACGGAUCCAACGACGCUGUUAUCAGUGCUUGUGAUUGGGUUGGAGUUGACGCAUACCCAUACUUCCAGAACACUGAGACCAACGGCAUUGACCAAGGUGCUUCUCUCUUCAACGAAGCUUUCGACAACACCAAGGGCGCUGUUGGCAGCAAGCCUGUUUGGAUCACCGAGACCGGAUGGCCCGUUACUGGAAAGACUGAGAACCUCGCCAUCCCUAGUGCAGACAAUGCUAAGACCUACUGGGACCAAGUCGGAUGCCCCAACUUUGGCGUCGUUAACACCUGGUGGUACACUCUGGAAGACACUGACGACAGUGCUACUCCCAACCCAAGCUUCGGUAUUGCCUCCGCUCCGGUUCAGGUCUUUCACCAAGCGGCAUGGGAGGAUCAGGAACGAACGCUACCCAGACCGGAAGUGGCUCAAGCGCAACUGCCACUGGAUCUUCUGGAUCAACCACCACCACUGGCUCAACCACCGUCUCGACCAAUGCUGCCAACAUCUUGUCUGGCUCGUUCGUUGGUGCUAUGGGUGCCCUGAUCGUCGCCGCUGCGGCCUUGUAGACAGAUGAUGUACUGUUAUUGAUAUGGUGUCAUUCCCCGGGCUGCAUUGGGCGGAGCGUAUCAAGGGUAUUUGCAUUGGCGGUCAAUUUCUCUUUGGGACCAGUCUUAUGACAAGGAGAUGAUGGAGUUAUACAUCACUGGCCCUUCUCACACAUACAUAGAGUGUCUUAGAGGG